AUGUCCCAAAACGGGAAAAAGACCGCCAAUGCGGUGGUUACUCCUUUGCCUAUGCCAGCCGAAUCCAGCAACCGAAGCAGCCAAAUUACACACAUGAGCAACCCCAAGGAGGAGGUGCCACGCCCAAGCUCAAUUGCAUCAGAUGAUUCGGAAGUUGAGCACCACCGAUUUCUAUCACCAUCGAAAUGGAAAAUCCUCGCUCAGAGUCUUGGUGGACUCAAAGAUGUUGAGCGAGCCGUUCCAACCCAUCCCUCCUCCUCAUGGUGGCCAGCCCGAGGGAUGCCCCCAGGGUUAUACCGAGACGUUGUAACUCAGCGGACUAGGUACUAUUAUACCUACUGGGCUACCAGUGUCCUACAGUGGCUCCUUAUGAUACUGCAGCUGCUCCUGGGUGCCAGCCUCACAGCACUUGGAUCUGUGGCGGUGAGGGACGGAACGCCCAUCACACUCCUAGGAGCCACCAACACGGUCAUAGCGGGUCUCUUGGCUCUUGUUCAUAACAGCGGGCUGCCUGAGAGACAUAAGCGCAGCAUGUAUGAAUAUGAAAAGGUGCAAGACCACAUCAAAGAGCUUCUGGACAGUCGGAUGGCCCCGGAGGAUCUAGAUCUUGAUCAGGUUAUCGCAGAGUGUUUUGAUAUGUACCAAGAGGCCAAGUCCAAUGCCAUGUCUGCUAGGCCACUUACGUACGGUCCGCGAUAUGGUCUAUCUGCCCGAGGUGUCGGAAGGCAAGACACGCUGACAUUAGGAAGACGAAGAUGA